UUUUUUUUUUUUAGUUGUAUUUUUCCUUUUCUGUUUCACAUCCUCAAACACCUUCAAAGUUUCGGACGAACUCAGUCAUUUGAAAUCAGUUGCCAGCGACACAGGAUUUUCUGUCAUUUUCAUGUUACUAUGAAAGGAGACUUUUCAUUGUUAGAAAUGACAUUAAUAACUUUGUAAUAAUUCCAUUUCAUCCUUCUAUGAAUUAUCAAGUGCCAUGCAUUCUCCAGAAGUUCAGCUUUCAGCUCACAUUCUCACCUAUCAAAAAAAUCUGCUGUUUGAUUCUUAAAGCUUCCAUCUCUUUUUUGGGGGAAUUUAUAGCAUAUCUUGGUAGUCUGGUUUGAGAUAUGUUGACUAAACUAAAGUGGAAUUAAAAUUCUACCUCUCUUAUGUCCAAAAAGAAGAAAUGAACAAACAUUAUAGCUAAUCGGUUAGAAGUUAAUCACAAAAUUGACUCUGGAUCUGCAAAAAUUAUCCACAAAGCUUGUUGAAUCUGUGAAUUGGAUUUUCCAGAAGCUUUUCACAUUUGCAAAAAUUUAUUUUGUUUAAUUAAUGAUAUUAAUUCUGAUCCUGUCCUUAACACUUUUAAAAUUUUUCAUAGUUCGUUACUAUUUCCCUAGGCAUGUGAUACAAUAUUCCUGUUCAGUUUGCUUGGCUUUUCAUUUGGUAUAAAUAUGGUUAUUGCUCUUCCCUUCUUUGCAGAAUUUUAUUUGCUUCUGACAAGUGUGAGAGCUGUGCUUGAUUGCCCUUGAAAUAAAUAGUUUUGAUUAAAUUUUAUGCCAUACAUGAAGUUGCUACUUUGCCUUAUUUUUAAAAAUUACUUAUUGAUGCAAAACAUUUUAUUUUUUUUUUUAGAAAUCAAAAUGCAGUAGAUUCAUUCAGAAAUAAAUUCAGAAUAGCAAUGAAUUGAUAUGCAGUGUAUUCUCUAAUGAAGAAUUACAGAUUAUCAUAAUCAUUCCAGUUUCACUUAUUACAUUAUUUCUUCUGUUUUUAUAGUAUGUAUUCAGCUAUAUGUUUUAUUGAAGCAUCUUUUUAAAGAAUUUGAUUCUGUGUCAUUUUUUUCCUUUUAGAUUCGAGUUCUUACAUCUGACUUUAAGAACAUUUUGCGUAUCCGUCAUACAGCUGCAACUGAGAAAUACAGAUCAUUACAUUAUGUGUUAGAUUAUAUGAUUACAAACUCAUUUGAUUUUGUAGCGUCAGCUACAUUGUUGGGACCGAAGGCUGUUAAAGUGCCAAGUAUGAAAAAAUCGAAUGAGAAAAUUUCAACUUUGGAAGAAAACAUUGAACUUGCAGAAAGCGAACUUUUGAAGACUAUCGAUGAUCUUGCUAAAGAAAUUGAAGAGCUUUCAGAAAGUAUGCCUAUAUCAGUUGCUUCAUCUUCAUCUUCACGUGAAGAAUUUUCAGAAACAGUCAACCAUUUAAAUACAGUAGUCAAAACUGGUUUUUCUUCAAAGAAAACUCAGAACAGUGUUAAGUCUAGCGUUUCAAAAGACAUAGGGUCACGCAGAGCCCAGUUAAAAGCUGCAGCAUUUGAACAACAAGCUACAUAUUACUUGAGAAAUAUUUCUGGGAAAUCAGACCCUGAUGAUCAAGUCGAUGAUCAGAAAAACACAGAUGGAAAGUUCCCUAAUUCUUCAAAAAAGGCAAUGCGAUAUAAAGCUCGUGUGCCAAAGCAUCUGAGAAAAAUUGGGCGACCAAAAAAUAUUCCAGAUCAAGAAUCGGAUAAAAAGUCUGAAUCAGACAGUGAAUCGAAUGAUGAAAGUUUUCUUCAUCUUGCUAGUGACUUGCUGCCUUCUACAUAUUGUUGUGCCAGAAGUAACAUAAGAAAGUAGAGGCUGCCAGGUCGAAGACUUCUACGCUCGAGGAUUCAGAUUGAGAGCGAUCAUUCUGCAGACAGUUCCACUGUUACUGAAAUGUGAAAGAACGUUCGAGUAUCAAAGGACAUCCAUCCAUCCAUGCAUGAAAUCAUGUAUUCCAUUGAACAACGUGUUUUUCUGGUACUGGAAUUUCACAGGUUAAAUUACAGUCCCACUGCAAUAAGGCACAAUUUUCUAUCCCGAUUUAGCAUUGCAAAAAGUCCUGAUUCGAAAACAAUGAUUCAUGUGCUGUUCGAUAAAUUUCAACGAACAGGAAGCAUGGCUGAUGAGUUAAUGGGGAAUGUUCGUCCCAGUCAUUCUGUAGUUACUCCUGAAAAUGUCGUAAUAGUUCCUACACUUAUUCAGCAAAAUCCGAGGAGCUCCACCUGAAGACUUGCCAGCAGGAUCUGCCUUAAUGUGAUCCAGUAUGCACAGAAUACUUAGAAAGAGGUACACAUGUUUCUGUUCAAGAUCCGGUGUCACCAAGCCAUUCUGAGUUAUAGCCAAUCUAGUUAGAGCUGUGCAACAGAGAGAAGACUUCGCGGAUGAAAUUCUCAUAAUGAUUGAUGAUGGAUUCGAUAUUUCCCUUCUUGUGUGAAUCACUUCUUACCAUUAUGUUGAAAAGUUGGAACAAUUUGUUGCCACAUUGUUAGCGUUGGAGGAUUGACCAGACACUUCGUGGUUCGUGCAAGAUGGAGUCGGACAACACUGCACCGAAUAGGUGUUCCGAACAGUUCCUUGAAGCAUACUUUGGAGAUAGAGUUAUGGCUUUUGGCUAAUCCAAAUUUACUGGAACAGGCACAGACUGGCCUCCAUACUCACCCAAUCUUACCACUUGUGACUACUUUUUGUGGGCAUCAUGAAGGACACUGUUUUCCAGAAGAAGCCUGCAGCAUUGGACGAGCUUGAAAAGUCAAUCUGGGAGGCAUGUGUAUCCAUUUUCAUUGACACACUACGGAAGGUGUGUGAAAGUUUAGUUCUUCCUUUGCAUCACCUCUGUACUGUGAAAAGUGGACAUUUUGAAAAGAUUGUGGCGUGAUUGCAAUGAAAAUUUGCAGAUGAUAUGUUUGUUACUUCUUUCUGUAAUGCACUGUGACUAUAGCGCUAACUAUUGGAAACAAUUGAAACUAAAUGUGAACCUUCUGUAUAAGUUUUUAAUGGCUGUCCCAAUAAACAUACCUUUUGUUUCAUUCUUCUAUCGAUCUUUGUUUUCGAGUUAUUUAACUUUCAAAACGGGCCUCCUUUGUGGGACACCUUGUAUAUAGCAAAGAUUUGUAGAGCAUUUCAGGAAGAUGUAAUGAGUAACAUUUGUAUUUAAUUUUGCAAUAAA